AUGGCUUCCUUGAUCUUCACCAUCCCGAUCGCCGUCAACUUCCUCGCAUCAAGUCUCAUAGUCACCACCAUCCAGAUCGCGCUCUCCAUUCUUGUAUUCCCGAUCAGUCCUCGCACAUACCGCGUCAUCAAUGCGUAUCUCAUGGGAUCCUUCUGGUCCAUGUUCAUCUGGCUCAUCGAGUGGUGGGGCCUCGUCGAGGUCCGGCUGUACGGCGAUCCCAAGGAUCACGCAUAUUUCGGCAAGGAGAGCGCGUUGUGUGUGAGCAACCACCGCAGCGACGUUGACUGGGCCAUCGGCUGGCUUUUAUCUCAGAGGUGCGGCUGUCUCGGAGGCACACGAGCGCUGAUCAAGGAGGAGGCCAGGUGGAUGCCUGUGAUUGGCUGGUCCAUGUGGUUCUCGGAAUACCUCUUCCUCGCCCGCAACUACGCCACCGACCAGCGCAGAAUACUCGACGGCUAUGCUCGGCUGCGCAGCUUCCCGCUGCACUUCUGGGUGGCGCUGUUCAUGGAGGGUACUCGCUUCACACCCGAGAAGCUCAAGGCGGCGCAGGAAUACGCCAAGGAGGCCGGGCUGCCCAUUCCGCGCCACGUGCUCGUGCCCCGCACCAAGGGUCUGGUGAUGUCAGUGGAACAGACCAAGGGGCAUGCAGGGGCCAUCUAUGACUUCACCGUCAACUUCCCCAAGGGCAAAACCCCCCCAACGUUCGCUAACAUCCUCAAGAGAAAGGCCUCGCAAAUUGACGUGUAUUUUGAGCGAGUCCCCAUCGACCAGGUCCCUCAGGACCUGGAGGGCAUCACCAAGUGGUGUCAAGAAUCGUUUGUGAAAAAGGACAAAAAUCUGGAUUACUAUGUCGAGCACAACGGCUUCGAUGAGAAGCAGAGGCUCAACACGACCAAGUCUCCAAAAACCAUUCUGCACACUUGCUUCUGGACGGCCUUGAACUUCGUCGUAUAUGGCUGGAUCUUCACCCGCAACUUAUCAGCAAUCACCUUCACGUGGGCAACUCUGGGAUGGAUCGCUGUCGGCAUUGCUGCCGUACUCGGCAUCAUGCAGGUGCUUCUCAGGUUCACCCAAUCAGAGCACUCCACACCAGCGUCUCGUCUUAAUCGGAAAUCAGCUAGAGGGGGAGGGGGGGGAGGGGAGGUCGAGCAACGGUUUCCAGAGUCAAGUCCAACUCAAGAAGCUCCCGCCAAAGCAAACGUGAACGGACAUGAAGCACCGGCGCCAUCCGCACCAGAACCGCCGAAACCCAAAGAACCAGAGAAGCCUCCGGCGGCGGCGCAGGGGGACAACGCGCUGAUGGGGCUGGACAUGCCGGCGGCGCCGUUCGAGCUGCGCACGUUCAAGUUCAAGGAGCUGCACAAGGCCACGCAGGGCUUUAAGGAGCCCGACAACGUGCUGGGCGAGGGCGGGUUCGGCAAGGUGUACAAGGGGUACCUCAAAGACUGGGAGGGCAGCAAGGACGCCAUGCCGAUUGCUGUGAAGAAGCUCAAUCCGAACAGCUUCCAGGGCCAGCAGGAAUGGCUGGCGGAGAUUCUGCUGCUGGGUCGCGUGCGCCACCAGAACCUGGUGAAGCUUCUCGGAUACUGCGCGGAGAACGGGGAGGGUAUGCUGGUGUAUGAGUUUCUGGGGAAGGGCAGUCUGGACUACCACCUCUUCCCGGAGCCCAAGGAGGACGACCCUACUCCGCCCACGCCUCUCCCAUGGGAGGUGCGGCUCCGCAUUGCGCUGGAUGCCGCUGCAGGCCUGGCGUACCUGCACGAGAACAAUGUUAUUCACCGCGACUUCAAGGCGCCUAACAUCCUGCUCGACGAUGACUGGUCUGCGAAGCUGACGGAUUUCGGGCUGGCAAAGGGGGCCGACACGGACCAAACGCACGUGACGACGCGCAUCAUGGGGACCAUGGGGUACCUCGACCCCAAGUACAUGGAAACCGGCCAGCUCACGCGCAAAUCCGACGUCUACGCCUUCGGAGUCAUGCUCCUCGAGCUCCUCACAGGCAAGCGCGCCAUGGAUCAGACCCAGCAGGGUAUGCCGCCGCUCACGGCCUGGGCGCAGCAGUAUUUGAACCAGCGCAAGCCGGAUAUUGGGGCGCUGGUGGAUCCCUGCCUGCUGGAUCAGUUCACAACGAAGGCGGCGCAGCGCGCGGCGCAUAAGCUGGCGAUUUCGGCGAAGCAUUGCAUUGAGGAGGAUCCGAAUCUGCGGCCGCUGAUGAGCGAUAUGGUGGAGACGCUUCGCCCGCUGGGGGGGAGCGGGGCGGAGGGGGGUGCAGGGGAAAGGGCGCAGCGGGCGGCGCACAAGCUGGCGAUUUCGGCCAAGCAUUGCAUUGAGGAGGAUCCGAAUCUGCGGCCGCUGAUGAGUGACAUGGUGGAGACACUUCGCCCGCUCGUGGCUGCGGCUCAGGAGCAGUCGGCUGCUGCUGCUGCCAGUGCUGGCGGGGGUGGGGAGUAG